AUGUUCAGGUCGAAGAAGGAAGAAAAGGCAAAAUCUAAAGAAAAGACAGCGAGUAAGGAAACGAAAGAACUAAACAAGAAAACGGACGAGGAUAAGGAGAAGAAGGAGAAGGACAAGGAGAAAGUGAAAGGGAAAGAAAAAGAACAAAAGUCCGGCUCUCCAAAAAUAUCUCCAUUGAAGAAGUCAGAAGGAAAAGAGUUGGAGUCCAAAGAUGGAGAAAAGACUAGAGAAAAAGAGAAGUCUACGGAUAAGACGGGAGAUAAGGAUAAAGUUUUAGAAAAGUCUAGCCAGAAAAAGAGCGACUCACAGCCGGAACAAAAGCGGGUAUGA